AUGCGUUCCUUAUUCCUGCUACCGCUUCUGGCUACCGUAUCCCUGGCCUUUGUCAAGGCCACCCCCAAGGUGAUCACCGGUACCACCACGCCGGUUCCUAAGUGCAACUGCAACCAGACGCAAACCUGCCGCGAGUCGAUCAUCUCGGAAGUGAGCCCGUGCUUCGACGAGUGCCACUAUCACCUGGAGGUGCUCGGCAAGUCGGACAGCAACUUCCUCGAGUGCUUCACCGACAAGAACAUCCAAGGCUUCACCAAUGCCGAGAUGUGCCUCCUCGCGGAAAAAGCCCACAAGACCUUCCAAACGUUCCAAUCCUUCUACCACUGCGCCAAGCAUUGCGUCCACAAGAAGAUGCUCGAGUGCCUCGUCAACGUCGAGGAGUGCGUUGUUGAACUCCCGACGCUCGACACCUUCAUGGAGUCGAUGAACAACUGCGCCAAGAACCACAAGCUCGUCCAUCUGAACCUGUGGAACUCGUGCCGUUGCCUGAUCGAGAAGAAGAAGCUCACCCAGCUGACCGGACAGUGCGCCGUCCUCGUCAACCCCUACUACGUUAACAAGUUC